GGUCGGACCAGGAAUUCCUUUCGAAUCCGACUACUAAAUCGACCACCUUGCUGCCUCCUACACAGCGUAUACGAUACACCGCAUGACUCGCUCGCACAGCUUCACACUCGCCUUACUGCUACUCGUGGGUAUCUCACAGGCCAAGCCGCUGUCCAUGUUUGGCUACGGCUAUGGCGGUGAGAAUCAUAUUCGGCAUCAAGCUGGCAUGGGCAUGGAGUUCUACGCGCCUGAAGACCGAGGAUGUGCCAUGUGCCGCAACGGCGAGAAUUGCUCAAUAGCCGUACACAACCAGUCGGCUGGUGUCUUCUGCGGCGACGUGCUGAGCACUUUCCAGCCGUGCUGCUGCUCGUACCGCAACGAAUGCAUGACCUCCAUUUUCUCGGACUCAUGCGAAUGCUUCGACGGCGCCAGGGAGGAACAGAUUAUGACCACGCGAUUUUAUUUAUUCGUGGGACUCUCACUCAUCGCCUGGGGGCUACUGGCCUAUGACAAAAUGUGCGCGGGGCCUUACAAGGUCAUGAACAGCAACCAUCAGAUACUGGCCAAUUCUCCGUCGGUGGCGAGAGCGAGAGGCGAAGAGAGUGUCGUAGAUACAGUGGACAGUGACUCAGAUGACGAGCAGAGAACAAGGGACCAGAAUGCUGCUUCAAGUGCCACUGCUGUUGCUGUAGCUGCCUCUGCAGUAGCUGUUGACGUCGCUGAAGUGGAAGCUGAAGUUGACAAUGACACGACACCAUUGCGACCUCAAUCCUCCUCUGGAGAGGCAACGGAGAGUGCUGAUGCUGAAGCCGAUGGCUCACAUGACGAGACGCGGACUAACAGUGAGAGGCAAAGCGGCUCAACUUCUAUUCAAACCGUCUAAUUGCAGUGGAAAAGAUUGGACGAGCCUUCAUGGAAUAAUUGUGAAUGUAGGUUGAUAUUAUGAUACACACGAACUCGCACUCAACUAUCACAAAGAUUAUUACUCUAACGGGAUUUCUUCCAGCUCUAAAGGGGACGUUGGUGGACUGGUAUUCACUUCUUGGACAACAUCAACAGGAACAGUGACAACGACGACUUGUUCGGAUGCUGCUUUCUCGACGGCAUCCUUGGGACUAUCUUCGACUUCAGAUUCUUCAAAGGUGAAAGCAGGUCUUGAGGUUGGAGCUGGGGAUUCUAACACUAGCAGCGGCAGAUUAUCGUCGGUCUCAGUAUCCGUUUGAGAGUCCCGCCUCCGCUUACCGAAGCGCUGGCGGAAGCGCAGCAGCUUCAUAUCAACCGCCUCUCCGUACGCUACCAUUUGGUUCCGUCUGAAGUCACUGAAACACUCCACCCACUGAUCCACAUACAUUGCAAAAACAAAUAGCGCAAGAUACGCCGACAAGUGGAUCAGGAUCUCAGUGGAGACGGACAUUUGGUUGCUCAUCGGGUCGUCGACUUCCGGCGAGAUAUUCUCUUCUGUCAGGAUCUCUGUUUCGUUCACUGGUUCUGUUACUGAGAGUCUCUCGUGACGUAUGGCAAACGGCCACGGUCCGCCGCAUUUGCAAGUCUUGGACUGGCGGGUUACUCGGCAUUCGGUGAAGUACGGACAACAGCACGGCUGUGUGUCUGCUGAAGCAUGAAGGUCGCCACAAAACACACCGGACAACGUGUCAUUCAUGGCGACGGAGCAGUUGCCGCUAUCUCGGCAUUGGGAGCAGCCGGCAGAGACGCUGCCGAUGGCCCAAGCAUUGGCGCUCACUGGUAUCGAAUUCGGUCCCUGUAGGGUGCUUGCGGAGACGUCGGCGACGACCUGAGGAGCUCUCCAGGUUACGCAGACGAGAAGCAAUGUCGCCACGCGCUGCAGUGGGGUCAUACCAAAACGCAACACGGAAAUGAAGGCACAAUCACCAGAGUUCUUGGGAUGGGGCCGCAAAUAAUGGCGUCGUGCUCCCGUGUGCGUUCCAGGGGACAUUCAUGCACAAUUCCCAGCCGCAACGCUGCGACUUUACCCGUGACCAAUCUGCUGUUGAUUGGCCAAUGAACGUGAGCUAGUCGGUCCAAAUACAGUUCAUGUGUCAAUCAUAAAUAGCGGCCUUGGUGAAAGUGAGCCAGCUCCGUGAUGAAACAAGGUGUGCAUGAGGAUGGCUCCAAGCUGCACUACCCAAAUGUCUCCAUAUCUAGAGAGUUUGAUGCAAUGUCAAUGCCGAAUUGGUAUUGUUUUCAGGACCAGCAGCCCUGCACUAACUCCUCGGAGACUAUCAAAACUGGCUGUUUGCGACCACCGAAUGCGAUUGCUGAAGUUGCCAGUGCUGUAGAAGAAGUCACCUCAGACUAAAAUGAAGUUCAGCAUACCCAACUGAAACAGUUAUCAACGCAGCUCAGCGUGGUAUUACAAGUACCAAGCAAGGGCUCAAGCACGAGCAAGGCCUCAAGUAUACUCACCGUUGCUGCCACUUGGCUGUCAACACCAUCGAAUCUAUUAAAACCUUUUUCUCCAACCGU